AUGGAUUUAUUCGCCAUUGAUUUGGAUUUCGAACCAUCCGAGGCAAAAACUGAGAGAGAGAAAAGAUUAGAAGCGAAAGUUACUUUCGACGCAAAAGAUUAUACGCCUAGAAUACAAGAUUUUGGUCACUUGAGCAAAGAUGGUGUUGUUUUAGGUGAUCCCGUCUAUAUCCAGGAACAAUCCAAGUUCGCUGCUGAAGAACAGUAUUACCUCUGCAAUUAUCAGCUUGCAAAGACCUUUGCUUUACAGGCUAUGCAAAAACCAACUGACACCUCACUUGAGUACCACCGGUUAACUGGAGGUGAAGUCCAUGAGUUGGAAGAUAUUGUUCGUCGUUGCGAUAUAAAGCUUCAUAACUGCUGA